AUGGCAACUGAUGCUUUGCUUGGAAUUCUCAUUGGAAACUUGAACACUUUUGUCAAGAAUGAGAUUGCAGCACUUUCGGGUGUUGACUCACAGAUCCAAGAGCUGUCUGAUAAUCUCGAGGCAAUCCGUGCAUUGUUCCAAGAUGCUGCAGGGGAGCAAUUUACAAGCCAUGCCAUGAAGGACUGGCUGAAGAAGCUUUCCGAUGCUGCAUAUGUGUUGGAAGAUAUCUUGGAAGAAUGUUCAAUGGAAUCCAACCGUCUUAAAAGUGAAGGGUGGUUAGCCUGCUUCCAUCCCAAGACUAUUUUGUUUCGUCAUGCUAUCAGCAAGAGGAUGGAAGACAUGGUCGAGAGGUUCCAGCGUAUUGAUGAUGAUAGGAGAAGGUUUCAGCUGCCUCUGGGAGUCAGACAGAGGCAACAAGAAGAUGAUGAUCUGCGGCAAACUAGUUCUGCCAUCACUGAGCACCAGAUGUAUGGAAGAGACGAAGAUAAACAGAAGAUUGUAGAGUUUCUUACAAAGCACGCCAGUAGCAUUGAUGGCCUCUCUGUAUCCCAUUGUUGGCAUGGCGGGACUUGGAAAAACAACACUUGCUCGAUGGGUCUUCAAUGA